GGGGGGGGGGGGGGGGGGUGAGUGAGUAUCGGCUCUUCGGCAGCGCCGCGCAGUCCAGCUCAGCCCCGGAGAGGAUGACAGCGGCUGGGAGAGGAAACUGAAACGAGAGAGAUGGAACUAUAGGAGGGAGAGGAGAGGAUGAUGAUGAGGAGGAGGAACAAAGUCCAACAUAUGUGCGUCUUUCCAGCCGCUGAUCAACAGUCACGUCCGUUCACGGCGGUGCACGAGGACAGGUGAGACGAGACAAGUUAGUUCUCGCUCGGCUUUGCGCAUCGCGCGCGAAAUCCAGAAUGGCGUCAGGGAUUAACCCCUGCUCUCGGUAGAAGUGCCCGGGAAACGUUCACGUCGCCCCCCCCCCCUUUGUCGCGGCGUCUCUUCAUCCUGGGAAAAUUCCAUAAUGUAAACGCAUCUUUCAUUUUUGUUCCCUUUUUUUUCCACCUCCGGCCGGCGGCCUUUUGGGGGUCAUGAACCAUAGAGGAGCUACCAGGACGGCCGGUUUCCUUGUUUGGAUUUAGACCUCUCCCUUUUUUCUGGCCCCGGGCUACAUCACGGGCCCCCGCAGCGGUGGCCAGAGGAAGUGGCUACGGCAGCGGCGGCGGGAGGACCUCGCCACCUCGGAGUACAGGGAUAACUUCACAGACACGCGCGCGCCGCCAUGAGGAUAUCCACCACCUCCUGUCUCUGCCCCUUCCUGGUCUGCCUCUGCUUCAUCCAGAGGUGCUGCGGCGCGGGCCACCACGGCGCCGCCCGAGUGCCGUCCAGGAACCAGACCCGAGUGGCCGGCGGCGAGACGGAGGUGCACCACCGACCCAAGCGCGGCUGGAUCUGGAACCAGUUCUUCGUUCUAGAAGAGCACUUGGGACCGGACGCGCAGUACGUGGGAAAGCUUCACUCCAACUCAGAUAAAGGUGACGGAUCCGUCAGGUACAUUCUGAGCGGGGAAGGAGCCGGGACUAUAUUUAUCAUCGACGAGGUGACGGGAGAUAUUCACGCCACGAAGAGCCUGGACCGGGAGAGGAAAACGCAUUAUGUGCUGCACGCGCAGGCCUUGGACCGCUACACGGAGGAGGCCCUGGAACCAAAGUCGGAGUUCAUCAUCAAAGUGCAGGACAUCAAUGACAAUGCGCCCAAAUUUCCAGGUGGACCCUUUGUAGCUCUGGUCCCGGAGAUGUCUGAAGUGGGCACGUCCGUGUUGCAAGUGACCGCGUCGGAUGCCGACGACCCCACCUACGGAAACAGUGCCAGGAUAGUCUACAGCAUUCUACAAGGACAGCCAUACUUCUCCGUUGACCCCAAAACUGGAAUCAUCAGGACUGCCUUAGCCAACAUGGACCGGGAAGCCAGAGAACACUACACGGUCGUGAUUCAAGCCAAAGACAUGGCAGGCCAGGUCGGAGGCCUCUCGGGCUCCACCACCAUCAACAUCACGCUGACGGACGUCAACGACAACCCGCCCAAGUUUCCCCAGAAAAAUUACCAGCUGUACGUCCCUGAAUCCGCUCAAGUGGGCAAGCCGGUGGGGAAGAUCAAGGCCAACGACGAGGACCUCGGCGCCAACGCCGACGUCAAGUACAGCAUCAUCAACUCGGAGGGGGCCAACACCUUCUCCAUCUCCACCGAGAGGGACACGAGGGAGGGCGUCGUCAGCCUCAAAAAGCCUCUGAACUACGAGAGAAAGAAGACCUACACUCUCCACAUCGAGGGCACCAACACGCACGUGGACCCUCGCUUCUCCUAUCUCGGCUCUUUCAAAGACACCGCCAUGCUGAAGAUAACGGUCGGGGACGUGGACGAGGCGCCCGUCUUCUCCAUGGACUACUACAUCAUGGAUGUGUACGAGAACGCGCCGGGCGGCACGGAGGUGGGCGCCGUGACGGCCCGGGACCCCGACAGCAGGAACAGUCCCGUCAGGUAUUUCUUGGACAGCGUGGAAGAAGGAACGAGGUACUUCAGGAUCGACGAGAGCACCGGAGUCGUGCGGACCACGCAGCCCCUGGACAGAGAGGACAUGCCCUGGCAUAACAUCACCGUGAUGGCCUCGGAGGUUGACAACCCCAGCCUCCUCAGUCACGUCCCCGUCACCGUCCAGGUGCUGGACGUGAACGACAAUCCGCCCGGAAUAGCCACAGACGAGGAGGCCAUCGUGUGCGAGAGCUCGAGGCCGGGACAGGUGAUCCAGACCGUCAGCGCGGUGGACAAGGACGACUUUGCCAACGGACAGCGGUUCUCCUUCGCCCUGCCCAGCCAGCUGCCGGUUAAUCCCAACUUCACCCUGAAGGACAACGAAGACAGCACGGCGAGCAUCAUCGCGCGGCGGCGGCGUUUCAGCCACCUGACCCAGGAGCUGUACGAGCUGCCCAUCGUGGUGUGGGACGGCGGGGAGCCGUCGCUCAGCGGCACCAGCACCUUGACCCUGCGCGUGUGCCCGUGCCAGCGCCACGGCAGGGUCCGGAUGUGCCAGGGCGAGGCGUUCCUCUCCUCGGCGGGCCUCAGCACGGGGGCGCUGAUCGCCAUCCUGCUGUGCAUCGUCAUCCUGCUGGCCAUCGUGGUCCUCUUCAUCACCCUGCGGCGGAGCAAGAAGGAGCCGCUCAUCAUCUCCGAGGAGGACAUCCGGGAGAACGUGGUCACCUACGACGACGAGGGCGGCGGCGAGGAGGACACGGAGGCCUUCGACAUCAUCGCCCUGCGCAACCCGGCCGCCGCCGAGGAGCUCAAGUUCCGGCGGGACGUCCGCCCGGAGGCGCGGCAGCACCGCGGCGCGCCCCACCGCCGCCGGAGCCCGUCGGUGGACGAGCUGGACGAGACGGACGUGCACGAGUUCAUCCGGCAGAGAUUGGCCGAGGCCGACAUGGACACCAGCGUGCCGCCGUACGACUCGCUGCAGACCUACGCGUACGAGGGUCAGGGCUCCCCCGCGGGGUCCGUCAGUCCUCUAGACUCUGCCGGGACGCAGUCGGAGCAGGAUUACAACUACCUGGACGAAUGGGGGCCCGAGUUCCAGAAACUGGCAGAACUCUACGGAGAGGCAGAAUCGGAUGUGACGACCUAGUCUGGGGAUUUCAGACCAAAUCCGUUUGAAAUCUGGGUUUUCCAAAAAAAAAUUACAGUGAACAAUGUGAACAGAGUCGAACCGGUCUGGUGGUUUUCCAACGUCUGUUGUUGAACUAAAAAAAGACCUGUGCCCCUAUUUUUCUUUUUCUUUUUUUUUGGAUCAUCGGGUCGUUCGUCUGGAAUUAUUGAAUCAGAUUUCGGAGACGGAAGAGAGCAACAGUAUUGGGGGGGAAAAAGGAAAAUGUGGAUAUUUUCCUCGGUGUAUAUUUUUUAUUUCUCAAUAAAGUCCUGAAAUCCAUACGAGUGGAUAUGUGAGAAAAAAAAUAAAUUGUACAUGGUUUUCUUGUCCUUCUCCGUAAGCAGAUCUACGACGCGCAGUAUAAGAUUACAGUGGUGGGAGGCAACAGCGAAGGUGUUUCAUGAUUCACCGAGCAGAGGAUGCAGCUGAGCGAUAUGUACGUGAUGAUGACACCUCGAGUCAGAGGAGUUUGUUCCGUG